UCGGGCGGGGCGCCAUCUCUAAUACACACAGACACUAGUUACGAGCAGCCUGCUCGCUUACUCCAUUGAAAUCAUUCAAAGAAUAUCCAGAAUCUUGUGCCAUCUUCAGUUUGAUUAAUUCUUACUAUCUACUAUUCGUCCAACCAACGUGUGAAGAUGUUUUACACAUGUGGGCCCAAUGAGGCAAUGGUUGUGUCAGGUUUCUGCCGCUCUCCACCGGUCAUGAUCUCUGGUGGAAGAGUGUUUGUUAUCCCCUGCAUCCAGCAGAUUCAAAGAAUCUCUCUGAACACUCUGACUCUCAAUGUUAAAAGUGAUAAAGUCUACACACGUCAUGGAGUGCCCAUCUCUGUCACUGGAAUUGCACAGAUGAAGAUUCAAGGGCAGAAUAAGCAGAUGUUGGCUGCAGCUUGUCAGAUGUUCAUGGGAAAGUCAGAGAGUGAUAUUGCCCAUAUCGCCUUGGAAACACUGGAGGGCCACCAGAGAGCCAUCAUUGCUCAUUUGACUGUGGAGGAGAUCUACAAAGACCGUAAGAAGUUCUCGGAGCAGGUGUUCCAGGUGGCCUCAUCUGACCUUGUCAACAUGGGCAUCAGCGUGGUCAGCUACACACUUAAAGAUGUUCAUGAUGACCAGGAUUACUUGCACUCUUUGGGAAAGGCCCGUACAGCACAGGUGCAGAAGGAUGCUCGUAUCGGGGAAGCCAUGAACAAAAGAGAUGCAGUGAUCAGGGAAGCCCAUGCUACGCAGGAGAAGGUAUCUGCUCAGUACAUGAAUGAGAUUCAGAUGGCGAAGGCUCAAAGGGACUAUGAGCUGAAGAAGGCUGUUUAUGACAUUGAGGUCAACACCAAAAAAGCUGAGUCUGAGAUGGCCUACCAGCUACAGGUGGCAAAGACAAAGCAGCGGAUUGAGGAGGAGAAGAUGCAGGUUAUGGUGGUGGAAAGAUCACAGCAAAUCACACUGCAGGAACAGGAGAUCACACGCAAGGAGAUGGAACUGGAGGCCAAAGUCAAGAAACCAGCUGAUGCUGAGCGAUACCGACUCGAGAAACUGGCAGAAGCUGAACGUCUUCAACUCAUUAUGGAGGCAGAGGCUGAAGCCGAAUCCAUUAGAGUCAGAGGAGAGGCCGAAGCAUACGCUUUGGAGGCUAAAGGUCGUGCAGAUGCAGAGCAAAUGGCAAAGAAGGCUGAAGCGUUCCAGCAUUACAAGGAAGGAGCAAUGGUGGACAUGUUGCUGGAGAAACUGCCACUGAUGGCAGAGGAGAUUAGUAAGCCUUUGACAGCUGCCAAUAAGAUCACCAUGGUGUCCAGCGGAGGUUCAGAAAUUGGCGCAGCAAAGUUGACAGGGGAAGUGCUGGAUAUCAUGACCAAACUGCCUGAAGCUAUCGAGAAACUGACUGGUGUCAGCAUUUCCCAGGUGGCCCGCACUGGUUAAACCCACCUCUUCUUCAACAGAGCUAUGACUUUGAAAUGUAGGCCUAUGCAUGCCUCACUAUUUUUCCCUCAAUAUAUUUUCAUUGCUCCUUUUCUCUUGUUAUGUGCCUCUUUCUCCAUUUAUAUCUAUCUUCCACACUUCUUUCACAUCUUUUUUCUUGUCCAUGUUACUCUCUCUCUCUAACACUGCCUGUCCUUUUUGCCUUGUUGCCAUAACCCAAAGUGCAUUUUAAUCUAAAGGUCCAGAGAAGAAGAAUGCUGUUCUCAAUACUUCUAUUCUGAUGUCUUUAUGAGUAAAGGUUCGUUCCAAGCGAGCUUUUUAAUGAAACAAUGGAUUCCUAUGGCGCUAUUCUCACCGAGUCUGACAAAUCGUACUCCAAUAUUCCGAAGGUGUUUUUUAAUCGGAGAGUGGUUCUAUAUAUAUAUUUUUUUCUUUGGACUGCGAUGAAAUCUGACUAACCAAUGAGAUCAGAGCUUUUUGGCAUUUUUCCAGAGUCGCUGCAGCUCCUCAAUCCAUUGCGUUGGUGGCUCAAAUCAACUGGCAAACACCUGCAAACAUAAGCCCGGUCUGUUUUUGAAAGUCUGCUUAUGUUUUUUUUUGUCUUAAUGUACAUUAUUUAAUAUGUACGUAUAUCACUAUGGCUGUUAUAUUCUCAUGCCAUCAAAAAUAGCAGUGAGGUUCGGCAAUUAAUUUGCGCUAAGCUAGUAGUAAAAUAUCCCAUAAAAAGACACAAUAGAGGUGGGGAAAAAAUAUCGAUAUGUUAAAAUAUCCUUUCCUUGUGAUUAUUGUUUUGAUAUUUGCAUGCCAAAUAUCAAUAUUAUUAUUUACUUUUUUCCACAUGACCUAACCACAAAAGUAAGGAGCCAUUAUGGUCUUCUAUGCUAAUGGCUUUGCAUUGUACAUCGAUAUUAGGAAAUAAAUUGGCCUUGAUUUGUAAAUUGGCACCUUUUAUAUUAACUGAACAAUGCAAUUGGUGAUUUGGAAACCAAAGUUUACUUAAGUUCGAUAAAGACGAAUUAGCAUUUUUGAAUUGUAAUGCACCUAAAAUAAAGAAUCGCAAUAAUAUUGUGUCAUGACCUAAAUAUCAAUAUUAUGUUGUAUCGCCAGUUACCUUGUGAUUUCCACCCCUUCUUUACAUGCAGUAUUUUACUGAACAAAAAAGAAUUGCAGAACCAGACAGCUAUUUUCAUCGCAAGGAAAAUACAACAAAAUGUAAUAAAAAUGGUUGAUGCCAAUCUGCCAAACUGAUGCUGCUGUAACUGUUUCUGAAGGUUGAAUAGGAUAUACUUAUCCUCAAGGUUGUGUUUCAAUGGUGUCUGUAUUAGUUUGACUGUUUAACAUAAACUUAUUGGAAUUAUUGCAGUUAUCUGCUUCAAAUGGUCCAAUGCUCAGUUCAGUGGAAAACUGAAGAUACCUCCCAUUAUGUCAGAUCAUCUUGAAUCUUUCCAGUGUAUAAUGAAACUGAACAAUUACUUAUUUAUAUGUAAUGUGAGACAAGUUAUAGGCCAGUAAUUACUGUAUUAGAUGUUAUUUAUUUUGGAUCUUUUGUUUAAAAAAAAAAAAAAAAAAGCUUAAUUAUUUGAAGAAUUUUCAUUCAUGAGUAAAUGGUUGAAUUACAUAUAAGUUUGGACUGAAAGUCUUACACCGGACCAUUUUGGGAAUUAUCAUCCCUUUUGUCAGUCACUAGGAAUAGAUUAUGGUGUAACAGUGUUUAAGUUGAUUUUGCAUUCAUUUCAGUGGUCAAUUCAACACUUUUUUUUUUUAUAAUAACUUGUAUUUAUUUUUUUAGAUUAUUUUGAGACACCCUUAAUGUGGUUGAAUAUGUUGGUUAUGCUACAUAUGGUACCUAGUUCUGUGAUUACAUAUUCAUAAACAUUAUAAGUAUUUGUGAUGAAUUUCCUUUUUCUUCAAAUGUUUAAAUGUCAGACUCAUUACAAUAUAUUUAAGCUUCUUGUGUUGACACUACAAACUGUUAUUAUGUUUUCUUUUCAUGACCGAGACAUUUCACAAGCACUAAUUAUAAAACUAGCACUAACAUUAUGCUAUGGUACUUUAUAGAUAGUUCAGUUUUUGACACUUUUUCAUAUUUAUUUUCACAAUCUUUUUAAUCUUCUUGACUAAUAUUUUGUAAAUGCAGUGAGAUGUAUCCCUUGAAGGCUGAAGAUGUCCAAUUAUUAUUGGUGGGCAGAAUAAACAUAUUUAUGCAUAUAUAGUAAUGUUUCAAUAGAUAUAGUGGCCAGGGCAUUAGUUAGAACUAUUGUUAUGCUGUGUAGGCUAGUCUUGUUAAGGUAGUUUGUUUAAUUUAUACAUUAGAUGUUUUUUUUUUUUUUGUUUUUUUUCUUUAAUUCUGUACUAUCUAUACAGUUAUAUAUCCGAAUCACCAGUUUUAAAUGUUAUGAUUUUAUCUGCUUCAAUGCAUGCAGAUGCAAACAAACCAAAUCCACUCUAAAGAUACUAUUUGUGCUUAUGAUGCCUUAAACUAACCU